CUGUCGCCAUGGAGACUGCAGGCGCGCGUUCAGGCUGCCGCAUGGAUGUGCUGUCCUUGCCUGCCCUGGGUCCCGAGGACUCCCAGUGCUGGGUUCCAGCCCCCAGGGGCAAGCACCUGAUUCCCAGCUUCGGAGCCGACACAGGCGGAUCCUACGAGCCACUCCCAGCCAAGGCCGGGCUGGCCCGGGAGGUCAUCAAGUGGCUGCAGAGCUUGGACCUGAGCUUUUCCUUUAAGCACAUCAAGCAGGACUUCUGUAAUGGUUAUCUUGUAGCUGAAAUCUUCUCCUGGUACUAUCCCCAUGAUAUUGACAUCACUGUCUUUAAUAAUGGAGUCUCAUUUCCUUCCAAGCUGAAGAACUGGUCAAGACUGGAAAAUUUUAUAUUCAGGAAAAAAUUGAAUAUUCCGAAGGAAUUCAUUCAUGCUACAAUGCAUUCUAAACCAGGGGGAGCAGAAUGUCUGAUACAACAUAUAUAUGCUUUGCUGACAAAUAGACAAGCAAAGCUCAUCCUUGAUGAUGAAAUAAACUUCACUAACUAUGCUUACCAGCAAAAAUUGCCAAUAGUUGCAAGAGCAACUGCUACCAAUGCCAUUCAAAGUAACCUGAAGUUGACAGAGGUUUUGGAACAACCUGAUGAGUUCACAAAUAAACAGAAAGCGCUGGAUAUUAUCGAUCUGCAUUUGCAACAAAGACAUCUGGCGAGACAGCAAAAUCCAAAGCAUUUUAAUGUCAAACCUACACUGGGAGAGCAAGCAACAAGACUUCCACUCCCUCAGCAGAAAUAUGACUGCAUAAAUUUUGUCAACAAAAGAAAUGCAGGAGCUAAAUCAAGGUCCACGGCCUCAGAAAUCCGAAGUAAAGCCAAUGUCCUAUUCAAGGAAAUCAAUGUGAAACAGAUGCACUUUUAACAACAUCACAAACUGCAAAAUGAGCUUUUCUGUCCUUUCUGGAAUAAAAUGGAUGUUGCACCAAGCAGUAUAUGAAGCAAUAUUAUGAAAUAUGCUACUAUACCUGCUGUUGUUGAACAACUGUCAUCCAACCAGAUAUACAUCAGGAAUUCUGCAGAUGCUGGAAAUUCAAGCAACAUACAUCAAAGUUGCUGGUGAACGCAGCAGGCCAAGCAGCAUCUAUAGGAAGAGGCGCAGUCGACGUUUCAGGCCGAGACCCUUCGUCAGGACUAACUGAAGGAAGACUCCAACAGCUCCCAAGAAACUCGG